AGAUUUGCUUUUGCAAGUAAAAAGAGCAAUUAUGAUAUGAUAAAUGAAAAUUCAUUUGAUACAAAUACAGUAUUGCUUUAUGAUAAAAAUUAUAAGGAAGUUAAGGAAUGGGGAUUAAAUGCCAUGGCCGAAAGACCAACAAAAAAAGUGAAAAAGCACAACAUGUGUAAUAUUGUUGAACACUUUAAAUUACAUUUGUUCGAAAUAUCCGAAGAAAAUAAACCGCCAUUACCAAAAGGUUUUGAUCAUAAAAUGGCAAUUAUAGAUUAUUUACGACAGCUAA